AAAAAGCAAAUUGCCUUUCAGAAGCAUAUAUAAACCCUGACACCAAAGCACCUUUCAGACGAACACCUCUCCCAGCCCUUGAAUAGAGCAGCGCAGAGCUGGGCAUUAAGCAGUGGGAGCAGCCACCAGAAUGGUCUUCUUAACUUUGCAGAAAUCCCAGAAAUUCCUGGCAAGCUCCCGGCAAGUGCAUAAAACUGCUGCUCACGUGGUGGCCAGGAGUGCUCCAGAGGAGACUGUGACCAGCAGCUUUGCUUCCUUCAUCCAUGCAGUCCGACCUGAGCACCUGUCCAAGAUCGUCCGCCACAGAAGCAAGAGGAUGAUCCUUGACAGCAUUGGUGUUGGCCUUGUGGGCAGCACAACCCAUGUAUUUGAUAUUGCUCUGAAGUAUUGCCUGGAUCUGUACUCUUCAGUUGCCGUGAGCAAUGUCUAUGGCAAGCCUGGUGUGAAGCUAUCCCCAACUCUGGCUGCUUUCACUAAUGGUGUUGCGACUCACUCCAUGGAUUUUGAUGAUACCUGGCACCCUGCUACCCACCCAUCAGGGGCUGUUCUGCCAGCUCUGCUGGCAGCUUCUCAGAUGCUACCUCUGAACUCCAAACCCAAUGGCCUGGAUUUCCUGCUGGCAUUUAAUGUAGGCUUGGAAGUACAAGGAAGGCUCAUGCAUUUCUCCACUGAGGCUCACAAUAUCCCCAAAAGGUUCCACCCUCCUUCAGUAGUCGGCACUAUGGGCAGUGCUGCAGCUACUGCAAAGCUGCUGUCUCUAAGCUUGACCCAGUGCACCCAUGCCUUAGGCAUUGCUGCCUCACUCGCAGGAGCGCCUAUGGCAAAUGCUGCCACACAAGCCAAGCCAUUGCAUAUUGGGAAUGCCACCCGCCUGGGCUUUGAAGCAGCACUGCUGGCUGCCCGAGGAAUGGAAGCUAACCCUUUUAUUCUGGAUGAUAUCUCUGGUUGCUCUGGAUUCAGUGCUUUUUACAGCAUCUAUCAACCCAGACCACUGUCCACACCAAGUGAUCAUCAUGAGUUCCUCUUGGAGAAGCAAGAUAUUGCUUUCAAGCGAUUCCCAGCCCACCUGGGGAUGCACUGGGUAGUGGAUGCUGCCUUGUCCGUUCGGAACCUCUUCAUCAAUUAUGCGGGGUCCUUCUCUCCCUCUUUGAUCCGUACCAUUGUGCUGAAGAUCCCAGUGUCAAAGUACAUCAAUAGGCCUUUCCCCAACUCAGAACACGAGGCCAGACACUCCUUCCAGUUCAAUGCCUGUACAGCCCUUCUGGAUGGAGAAGUGGGCCUCAGCUCCUUCACAGAGAGCAGCAUCCAUCGGCAGGAGCUGAGGGAACUGCUCCACAAAGUGGUAGUGGAGCACCCUGAAGAUAAUGCGGCUAACUUUGACAAAAUGUAUGGAGAGGUGGCAGUGCUCCUGAAGAGUGGGGAUGUCCUGACAGGCAAAUGUGACACUUUCUAUGGGCACUGGAGGAAACCUCUCAGCAGGGAAUCACUCCUGAAGAAGUUUCGAUCCAAUGCCUCUCACGUGCUUCCAGAUGAAAAGGUAGAAACCAUCAUCACUAUGGUGGACAAUCUGGAGAACCUGUCAGAUAGCUCCCAUCUGGCCUGUAGCCUGUGAAGGAAUGUGUUUUUGAUGAGGGAUUUAUCUCAGAGAAACUGAUUCCUUUCUUUGGUGCUUUACUAUUCUUUUCCAGUGAUAGGAAAGUUGUUAUCCCUUGAAGUCAAAGUAAAUGCGUUAGUAUCAAAGAAGUCCUUGAGGCAAAAGGUGUAUCUGUGUAAUUUGUACACAGAUUAAAUUUGACUCAGUUGUUUCUGAGUAGCUGAAAGCUGACGACAGAUGCCAAAAACUCCCAUCCAGCAAAACCUUCCAAUAUGUCCAGUGUUUAGGAAGUUGUUGUCACUCCUCUAUGUACAAGGAAUGGUUAAAUGACUCUUAAAGCCUCUAUGUCUUAUCUGAAUGAAAUGCAGACAUUGAAAUGACAUAGGACAUAGGAAUCCUACAUCAGUGCUACAUCUACAUCCUAUACCUCCUGCAAGGUGAUCAUAGGGCUGUGGCACAUCAUCCCUCCUGGGUGUGGACAGAUCACCCAGGCACUAUCAGAGCUAGCUUUCCAGAGGUCAUCUUUGUAGUCAGUGAAGAGAUGGGCAGCUCUGGAUUGUCACUUGGGUGCAAGCAUGCUGUGACUCACACUGGGAAUUUCCCAUUUCUUUCCCCUGACAGGGGAGAAAACAUAAAGAGGAAACCCCUAAAUCAUCUUUCUGGCUGUGGUAAAAUCUGUGACUUGUACUCCUGAGUAACCAUUCACUGAAAGAAUUCUUACACUUAGUUCUUUCUGAGCAGCAAGAUGGAGAACUAUGCAAUUUUUUCUAUGCACAUCAAACAAAUACUGUGACUGCUGAUCCAAAGGACUUGUUUCCAGUAUGAUCAUGAUGUAGAUACAGAACCUGCUGGGAAAUUCAGGGUUGUCUUCUGCUGAAAGGACUGAGAUGGGACUAGACAGACAAGAAAAGGAAUGUGGGCUGGUUCGUUUUUAGCUUGCUAGUAGUGGACUCUACAAAGAACUUCCUAGCCAGAAGAAAAUAUUUGCUCAAAUGAUGUAAUCCACUCAUAAUGUAAUCCUCUCAUACUGUCUAGCAUAGUCACUCUGAAUCUUUCUAAAUAAAGAAAUGAAUUCUUUUUC